AUGUCGUGGAGAUUGACAAAGAAAUUGAAGGACACUCACCUGGCCCCUCUCACAAGUGGCUUCGGUCGAUCCACGUCCACCUCUACUGUCAAACCAGAAGAUGCUUCCCCUGCGACAGACUCGCCAGAGUUAUCAACAACCCAGAGCAAUACUAGCACCACUUCAGCAAAUGGCAUCGCUGCUUCAGAACAGCUCACUUCACCCCCUGUCCAGACGACCAAACCUGGAAUCCUGAUAGUCACUUUGCACGAAGGCAAAGGAUUCUCUUUGCCACAACAAUAUCAAUCAGUAUUUAACAAUUACUAUGGCUCGGGGACCUCGGGUUCAGUCAGACCAAGCUCGUCAUAUGCCUCUGGGUCUGUUGCAGGAUCAUACGCACCUCCGAAUCGGCCAGUCUCAACUCACGCUGGAAUCAACGCUGCGCCAACAAUUCACGGAAGAUACAGCAGCAAGUACUUGCCUUAUGCUCUCCUUGACUUCGAUAAGCUGCAAGUGUUUGUCGAUGCCGUCUCUGGUACUCCAGAGAAUCCGUUGUGGGCAGGUGACAACACCUCUUUCAAGUUCGACGUGUCAAGAGUGUGCGAGCUCAGCGUCCAGCUAUACCUACGUAAUCCAGCUGCCAGGCCUGGGGUUGGUAGAAGUGAAGAUAUAUUCCUUGGUGGCGCUAGGGUCACCCCGAGGUUCGAAGAAGCCCGCCAAUUCGUUGCGGAUCCAAAGAAGAGUAAGAAGGAAAAUGAAAAGGCGGAGGCUGCGUUUCUGUCCCAGGAAAAGCAAGCCGGCCAGCUCGGGACUGAGUGGCUGGACAUUCAAUUUGGAACCGGCUCCAUCAAGGUUGGCGUGAACUAUGUCGAGAACCGACAAGGCAGCCUCAAGAUUGACGACUUCGAGCUCUUGAAGGUUGUAGGAAGGGGCAGUUUCGGCAAAGUCAUGCAAGUGAUGAAGAAAGACACCGGACGGAUCUACGCUCUCAAGACCAUCCGAAAGGCUCAUAUCAUCUCUCGGUCCGAAGUUGCGCAUACUCUUGCAGAACGAUCAGUGCUGGCGCAGAUCAACAACCCUUUCAUCACUCCACUUAAAUUCUCGUUCCAGUCCCCUGACAAGCUCUAUUUCGUCCUGGCCUUUGUCAACGGAGGAGAGCUCUUCCAUCACCUCCAAAAGGAACAGCGAUUCGAUAUCAACCGCUCCAGGUUUUACACCGCAGAGCUGUUGUGUGCCUUGGAGUGUCUUCACGGUUUCAAGGUCAUCUACAGAGAUUUGAAGCCAGAAAAUAUUCUGCUGGAUUAUACCGGUCAUAUUGCCUUGUGCGACUUCGGGCUGUGCAAACUGGAUAUGAAGGAUGAAGACCGAACCAACACGUUCUGCGGAACCCCCGAGUAUCUGGCCCCAGAACUUCUCCUUGGACACGGGUACACGAAGACGGUCGAUUGGUGGACUUUGGGUGUCCUCUUAUACGAGAUGCUUACUGGACUCCCACCCUUCUACGAUGAGAACACCAACGAAAUGUACCGCAAGAUUCUACAAGAACCGUUGCAUUUCCCUGGUCCUGAGAUCGUUCCCGCAGCGGCGAAGGACCUCCUUCAAAAGCUGCUUGACCGCAAUCCUGAGCGUCGGUUGGGAGCAGGCGGGGCGGCGGAGAUCAAAGCCCACCACUUCUUUGCCGGCAUUGACUGGAGGAAACUGCUGCAGAGAAAAUAUGAACCCAGCUUCAAGCCGAAUGUGGUUGAUGCACGAGACACCGCCAACUUUGACAAGGAAUUCACGUCCGAAGUGCCCAAAGAUUCAUACGUCGAAGGACCUGUGCUGUCGCAGACUAUGCAACAACAAUUUGCAGGAUGGUCAUACAACCGACCAGUCGCUGGACUUGGUGACGCAGGUGGUAGCGUUCGGGACCCCGCGUUCGAUCGCAUUCAAUAG